GAUUUGUUUAGUCGUCGUGCUCCGUUGUCGUUGUCGUGUUGUCGGUAGCGUUGUCGUUGUCGCUUCGCAAAGGCAUCGCAUCGCAACGCCUCACAUCGCGUAUACGCAGUGUAGACCGUCCGCAUCCGCAAACUGGCGAACGAAGGAGUGUAAUAUCUGACAGCCAGAAAAAUAAACAAGUGCAACUCUAUAAAUUGGGAUGCAUGGUUAUGUUGUAUUUUAAUAAGACUGGCAGUUGUAAUUGUUGAAUGCAAAAACGCCAGUGAUUGGAAAGUGCACGUGUCUGCUGAGAAACAUCUUAAACGCCUGCGUUAAGUUUCGGAUGUGUUGUUAUGCAAAUCGCGUCCCCUGGCCGGAGGCAACAAUAAAGUGUAUGAGUGAGUGUGAGUGAGUGCCAACAGUUACAGUUCCAGUGUUAAGGGAUGUGGGUAGCGAGUAUGGUAGCUGGAGUACGCGCCCACAAUGCAUAAAUCAAAAUACACAUUAUUGAGUCAUAAAUAAAGUUCGCAUCGGCUGCUACUUUAAAUAAGGCCUUGAGGCGGGCGACGACGAAACUCGCAGACGAGAAACCCAAAUACUGAGAACCGAGAACGUAGAACGGCGAAAGCGAAAGCCAAAAUCGAAAUUUAUGCCUCGCACCCGCCAAAUACUUUGCCAUAUUUUUUGCUCAAUUGCUUGCCGCCCGGGCCCGGCUCCAACUCCUGCUCCGGCUCCUUCGCUCAUUGAUAUGAUGUGUGCGUCUCGCUGGUUGCAUAAAACUUGCUCAACGCCAGCGCGCCCUCAGCUACAACAAUAAGCAAAGCACAUCAGCAGGAGCAACUCCUUCACGAGCAGCAGCAGCACUAACCCCGGCGGGCUGCUUUUAUUACAAAGGCCGUAAAAAGCACAAAAAGCGGAGUAAACGCCACAGCAAAAGGAUACAAUCAGGCCAAAAGCGUUAUCAGUCUGAUGGCGAAGCAUCCUGGCUAAGCUUACAGAAUGAGGAAAAGGAUUUGAAAUUACAUUUUUAAUGCAAAGCGGGCAAGCAAAGAGCGCAAAAUGAGCAACACGUGCGCGUUUUAUUUUAAAUAUUUAUAAACAAGCAUACACGCAGCAAACCGUGCCCCAACAAACAUACAUAUAUAUAUAUAUAUAUAUGUAUAUACGAGUGGUGACCAAAGUCGAGCCUCGUCAAAUUCUAUUAAAAAUUCAUCUUAACGGUUAUGCGUUUUGUACAAACAGCCGUCGCACAGCCAAGGAGCCUGGCAAAAAAUGUUUGUAAAUAUUAAAAUGAAUUUAUGUGCAGCGAAAAAGUUUUUAAUUAAGUGAAAAAAAAAAACAGAAACACGAGAGUGAAACGCAAAACGCAACGAAAGCAAAAGCAAAAGCGAUAAAAAGCCAACCAACAAAUCAUUGAGAAAGAAAAUUAGAGCAACGAGCCUGCAUAUUUGAGCCAUGUUUGAGCAGAACCAACCCAAUUCAUUUGCAUAUUCAAUGUUGGCUUAGUGGGUUCCACUCAGUGCGGCCAUAGACAACCAACUCAACAGUUAUUGCAUCGGGAUUCGAAUCGGGAGCAGAUACAGAACCAUGUCCAGGAUAUUGGCAUUAAUUGUAUGCCUAAUCAUGGGAGCCGUUCCCAAUGGAAAUUCGCACGAGCAUGCCGAUGGUUUUAAACCAGAUGGCGAAAUCCUGCGCGUGCUGGUGAAUAGCUCGGCCCAAAUAAAAUGCGAUGUGGGCUCCAGCUUGCCCGAUGACAAAGUGCUGCUGGUUGUUUGGUACAAGAAUAAUUUACCCAUUUACAGUUACGACACCCGUGGCGCCCAUGCAGGAACUCCGUCGCAUUGGAGGGACGAGGAGGUCCUCGAGGAUCGGGCCAUCUUUCGCACGCACAAGGAACCGGCGGAAUUGAUUAUAAAUCCGGUUAAGGAAAAGGAUGCGGGUAACUUUCGCUGUCGCGUGGACUUCAAGCUAUCGCAGACCCGCAACAGCAACGUCAAUUUGGAAGUUGUUGUGCCGCCCAUGCAGCCGAAUAUCUUCAACGAGCGCCGCCUGAGAAUCGAUUCCAGGGCGGGUCCCUACGAAGAGGGCGGAAGCCUGGAAGUCACCUGUGUUGUCUACGGAGGUUCCCCACCGCCAACUGUCACCUGGCUGAUGAAUGGGCAGUUACAGAACAGCGUUGUUGAUUACACCUACGACGGCACCAUCAACAGCAAGCUCGUGGUGCGAAACGUGUCCCGAAUCCACCAACAUGCUGUCUACACCUGCCAGGCUAGCAAUUUCCACAAGAAAUAUGUGUCCACCAACAUAACCAUCGAGCUUUACCUGCGGCCGCUGCUCGUGGAAAUCAGUUUCAACAACCAGCCGAUGUCCGCGGACCGAAAAUACGAGAUCGAGUGCCAAGCGAUCGGAUCAAGACCUCCAGCCAAGAUUACCUGGUGGAUGGGCAACCAGGAGCUUCUUGGUCACAGUCAAAAGGUAUCGGAGGAUGGCAAUGUGAGCACAUCGGUUCUUUCAAUCACUCCAACAAGGGAGGACCAUGGCAAGGCCCUAUCCUGCCGGGCCACAAACGAACUUGUUCGCAAUGGCAUCCGUGAAACAGCCAUGAAGUUGAAUGUGUUCUUCAUACCCACCUUGCAGCUGGACCUGGGCUCCAAUCUAAAUCCGGAGGAUAUCGAGGAAGGCGAUGACGUCUAUUUCGAGUGUAAAGUGCAUGCAAAUCCGGCUGCUUAUAAAGUUGUAUGGAAACAUAAUCACCAAAUCAUCCAACACAACCAGCGCGCCGGAGUGAUUGUCAGCAGCGGGGAUCUGGCACUCCAGGGAGUCACCCGUCAUCAGGCCGGGAACUACACCUGCACCGCCUCCAAUGUCGAGGGGGAUGGCGACUCCAAUGUGGUCGAGCUGAAAGUGAUGUACAAGCCAAUUUGCCGGCCCGAUCAAAAGAAAAUCUAUGGAGUGGCCCGAAACGAGGCUGCCGAAAUCGUUUGCGAAGUGGAUGCCUUCCCGCCGCCAGAGAACUUCAAGUGGUCCUUCAACAAUACGGCGGAGACCUUCGACAUGCCGCAGAGCGGUUUCCGACCCCACUCCGCCCAAGGAUCCACCCUCACCUACACGCCCGUCAAGGAAAUGGACUUUGGCACCAUCAUGUGCUGGGCCGACAACAAUGUGGGUCAGCAAAAGGAGCCGUGUGUGUUCCAUUUGAUAGCCGCUGGCAAACCGGAAGCACCCACCAAUUGUACGGUGGUCAAUCAAACGUCCGACUCGCUGGAGGUUUAUUGCAUUGAAGGCUUUGAUGGCGGAAUGCGUCAAUGGUUCCUCAUGGAAAUCUAUGAUCAGCAUAGUGGCCAGCUCCAGGCCAACAUCAGUGCCAAGUUUGCGGCCUUGAGCGUCACUGGCUUGGAUGCGGGCCGCUUAUUCCGCAUCUACGUCUACGCCGUAAAUGGACGUGGUCGCAGCGAUGCUAUAGCUCUCGAUGGAUAUACCCUCAAGGCGGCUGAGAAGCAGACGGUUGCUUUGACCUCGUAUAAGGGCAGCGCCCAGAGCCCGGACAACUUUGAGCUGACUCCGAUCCUGUCGAUUGGCAUCUUUGUGGGCAUCCUGGUGGCCAUCGUCUGCAUUGGGAUUGGCACCAUUGCCGCGUUAAAGCUGCGUUCGCAUAAACACCAGCAGCAGGCAAAAUUCGCACAUCCGAAUGCGAAAUUCUCACGUCCGGGCAAUUUGCAAAUUAAGGACAAAAUCUCAUUGCCAUUGAGUCACUCCGAGGAGAUGUACGACGAGAAGAAUCCCGACGUUGUGCCCUACAAUGAGGUUGAUGGUGAAUAUAAACAAAAAUCAGCAACACAAACGCCAUCGGGACAUCUUUCGACAACCAGCGAGGUGGAAAUCAGCUGCAAGCCGGGCUCAACAUCCGGCACCGGAAUCGUCCCGGCCAACUCGGCGGACAGUGGCACCUAUCAGAGCAGCAAGGACGAUGAACUGCACUAUGCGGAACUGUCGCUGGGAAGCAGUACCUCAAAGAAGGCGCAGUUAGGGGGCGGGGUCCAGCAGCAGCAGCAACAGCAGCAGAAGCAGCAGCAUCCUCUUCAGCAGCAACAGCCGGGACAACCGGUGCAGCAUCCUCACCCCAUGAUGGGAGGGACUCUGCCACACGGGUCCAGUAUGCGCAAGCUGCUGCCCAACAUCCCGGCGACGGCGACACUGCAGCGCCACAAGCCGAAUGCGGGCGGACUGCAGCAUCCGCACCAGCACGCUCCACCGCCCACGUACGAUUACGAUUACUUUGAGGAGCCGACGAUAUAUGCGCAGAUCGAUGCGUACAAGACGAUGCAGGUGGACACAGGUGCCGGGGUUCCAGCCGGCAUAUCCUCGCCCGGCUCGCACGGCACUCCCUCGACCGUUUCCCCCGGAACGGUUCAGAUGUACACCUUGCCCCCCCACCCUGGUGGCUACCACACCCUGCCGCACAACCACCACGCCCAGCAGCAGCAGGCGGGUCCGCAGAACUCCGCUUCGAUGAUGCAAAUGAUGCAACAGCAGCAGUUGCACCACCAUGCAUCCCCCAUGCCGCCCUCCUACCAGCAACACCAGCAGCAGCAACAGCAGCAGCAAAUGGGGCAUGGCCAAAUGCUCGUCUCGAGUAACAGCAGCGGUCUGGCGUCCACCACAGCCGCGGUGGCAAGUCCCAGUAGCUCCCUUUCAGGACUCUCGGGAGUGGGAAAGUCCUAUUCCCGCGAAAUAGUAACCGUGCGCACCCCGCUCAUGUACUCGCAGCAAGAGAGCUGCGUUUAAGCAACAAGCACCCAGCAGCACAUUUCUCCAAUCGGAGCCCCCACGACCCGCACCCCUACAACCCCAAAACCCCACAAAACCCCCUAAAACUAGUCACGUAAGUCUUGAGCUCUUUGUGGUUGGUGUCUAGGCUAAGUGUUGCCAAAUCGAAUUGAAUUAAUCUACUGCAUUGAAGUGAAUUGAUUGAAAUUGAAGUCGAAGCUCGUUGUGGAACUGAAAUAAAGAUUAAAUAUUAAUUUCUCUUUUUUUAUGAAACGUAGCUUUUAAACACUUUGUUCCUUUUUGUUCGCAAUCCACUUAGAAAAGAUAGAUUGUGCUUUUAAUUUAAACAAUUGGUCAGAGGCGUUAAUAAUAAUGUGGCAGUUUCUGACCAUAAAUUCAACAGAUACAAACAAAGCCUAUAUUCAUAAAUCAAAAUCGAUUAACGAAAGCAGCCAAACAGAGAUACAGAUUUUAAAUUUAUUUAUUGGAUUUUAGUUCGAAUCGAGAGGAGCUUAGAAGUACCAAUACGAAAUAGUAUUUCGAGGUUACUUUUAAAAGGACGAUGAAGAAUGUUCCUUCCUUAUAGUAUAGUAUUUUUCAACGAUUCCUUCACAAAAAAUAAGAUUAAUACGAAUCGACUUUCCAAGGGGAUUUUGUAAAUGUUUGUAAAUGUCAACUGGCAGAGGCGGAGACAACAAUUUGUAGGAAAUAGGCUCAAAAACGUAUAAAUCUAGCAUAUAAUUAUGAGAAGUACAUGUAUAUCCUCGAUAUAAUAGACUCAAAGCUCACUCUCACUCAACUAAAGAUAGGCGAGCAAUGCGAUGGCGCAACUUCUUGGCAAAUAUAUUGAAAAUAAAUUACAUUAUUCAAAUCUACGGUAAACAAUAUAAAUAAAACGAACACUCACCCUUCGACACACACGAGCAAAUUAGCUGCAAUUAGCUUAGCAUAAAUGAAUACUAAGUGUUAAUGUGUAAAUAGCAAAAUCAUAAUUCAAAUUUAUUUUACAAAACCCAAAAGCAAAUCAAACAAAAGUCCUGCGUACUGCAAUAUGAAAAGCAAACUCAAAUGAAUGUAAAUUAGUUGCACAUUCAAUGCAGAAAACUCUAAAAGACUAUAAAUAACAAAAACAAACCCAACACAUAGCAAACGUUGGUGUGCAAACUUGAACAAAAAACAAAACAAAUCUAAAAAAAAGAAAAAUUUAAGAAAAUUGUUGUUUGUAAAUUGCAUUUAUAUAUGAAUUUCUAUUUUUUCUCUUUAAUGUAUAAAUCAAUGUUUCAACUGUGAAAAACUAAUUAUAAAUAAAUCGAAUAGACGCACCUUGUAAAUUAUUGUUACAUUUUAAUAUUUGUGUUUGGGGACACAUUGACAAAACAAUAGUGACACCCUUUGACAAAAUGUAAAAAAUAUGUUGGACAUCUGUACUAGGCACGAGAAACGGCCUAAACAAUUUCCAUUUCCAGCUAGUUAAGAAUAAAAGAAUGAAUAUCGAAAUCGAAAAUAUUGAAAAAGUAAAUGAAAAUGUGAAAAAUAAAUAAGUGAUUUAUCUUACAUCAAAUAGAAUGCA